GUGGCUGUUUGAUUAUUGAUUGAUCGAUAUUACCCAAUCGGAGAGCAGCACAACAUUCCAGACUGGCUGCGCAGGCGUGCUAAACCCCGCCCCCCUCGACGCUUCCUACUGGCCGGCCGAGGACGUAAAUAAAGACGACGCCGCGCGCUGAUUGGCUGCCGCUGGAGCGUCUGGCUCUGCUCGGUCGCUGCGGAGUCGGUCACAGAGGCUCCGUCAGCUGGACGAGUCGGACGUUGUUGUUGUCGUUGACGCGGAGCCUGAACGCCUCACAGAGACCAUGAAGCUGGUGCGCUUCAUCAUGAAGAACGCGGCGCUGGCCAGUGUCCCCAAACACAUCGAGCACUUCUCCAAGUUCUCCCCGUCGCCGCUCUCCAUGAAGCAGUUCCUGGACUUUGGUUCCAUCAACGCCUGUGAGAAGACGUCCUUCGUCUUCCUGAGGCAGGAGCUGCCCGUCCGACUCUCCAACAUCAUGAAGGAGAUCAACCUCCUGCCCGACAAGCUGCUCACGACCCCGUCGGUGCGAACGGUGCAGAGCUGGUACAUCCAGAGUUUAUUGGAGAUCCUUGAAUUCCUAGACAGGAAUCCUGACGACCACAAAGUCCUGGGAGAGUUCGUCGACGCCCUGGUCACCAUCCGGAACAGGCACAACGACGUGGUGCCCACCAUGGCCCAGGGCAUCAUCGAAUACAAGGAGGCCUUCUGCCAGGACCCGGUGACCAACCAGAACAUCCAGUACUUUCUGGACCGCUUCUACAUGAGCCGCAUCUCCAUCCGCAUGCUCAUCAACCAGCACACUCUCAUUUUCGACGGCACCACCAACCCUGUGCACCCCAACACCAUCGGCAGCAUCGACCCCCACUGUCAGGUCGGAGAUGUAGUCCAGGAUGCCUUCCACAGCGCCAAGAUGCUCUGUGACCAGUACUACCUCCGCUCCCCGGAUCUGAUACUGCAGGAGAAGAACAACAAGAAGAAGAACCACUCGAUAGGCAUCGUGUACGUCCCCUCUCACCUCUACCACAUGCUGUUUGAGCUCUUCAAGAACGCCAUGAGGGCCACGAUCGAGACCCACGAGAGCAGCAACCACCUCCCGCCCAUUCAAGUCAUGGUGUCUCUGGGAGGCGAGGACAUGUCAAUCAAGGUGAGCGACAAGGGCGGCGGCGUCCCGUUCCGGAGGAUCGAGAACCUCUUCAGCUACAUGUACUCCACCGCCCCGGCGCCGCAGAUCGGAGAAUACACGCGGCCUCCACUGGCCGGCUUCGGCUACGGUCUGCCCAUCUCCCGGCUCUACGCCAAGUACUUCCAGGGCGACCUGCAGCUGUACUCCAUGGAGGGCCACGGCACGGACGCCGUCAUCUACUUGAAGGCGCUGUCCACCGACUCCAUCGAGAGGCUGCCGGUCUACAACAAAACCACUCUGAGGAACUACAAGGUGAGCCAGGAGGCGGACGACUGGUGCAUCCCCAGCAAGGAGCCGCUGGAUCUGAGCAACUACAAGGUGGCCAAGUGAAAGGGUCCUCCGGAGAAUAUGCGUCUCCAUAUUCCUCACGUCGCCGUCUGCCGAGGUCGACGGGGUUUUAACGUCUUCGUGUUGUUGUUGUUUUCAGCCUCUGUUGUCAUUUGGGCUUUUUCAUAGGGAAAUAGACAAAAUAGAAAAACAGCUACUAACGUGUCACAGUCAACGCGGGGACGCAAAAAAAUACACCUAGCUUCAACAGAGUGUGUGUGUGUGUGUGUGUGUGUGUGUGUGUGUGUGUGUGUGUGUGUGUGUGUGGACAUGGAGAUGGACAUGGAGAUGGAGAUGGAGGCAGCACCCAGCAUGCAACGGGAGUAAAAGUGUGAAUAUGAGAGAACGAGGCGGGUUUAAGCUUUCCAUUUAAACACAUUGUACAUGUUCUGACAUGUAAAUAUUUGACAUAAAGAGAUAUUAAAUAAAACAAGGGGCGGGGCCUGUUGAGGACCCCCCCCCCCCCACCAAGCCUUACAGUAGCGACUUUCACCCAAAGGCUCCUUCGUUGAAAUUACUUGAAACUAUUUCAAAAAAACAAGUCCUCUUAUUGCACGUGGUUGAAUUUUCAGUUCUGUGAAACUGUCGAGUCGCAAGAUCUGAACAAAAAGUUUGACUCUGACGUCCAUUGUUUAUUUUAGUUUUUUUGGUGAUUUCUGCCGUCGACGUUUUGUUCUGGCUUUUGAUUAUUCAAAAAAAACGAUAGUGUUAUCUUCUUAACAAAAGUGUUUUUGUUUUGUUUUUGGACCAGGAUGAAUGUAAUCCACUCUUCUGUGCAUUAAGUUGCAUAAUGGAAAGUACAGUACAGUGACGCCUGAGUUCUCUCUGCUUGUAGCUGCUGAACCCCAGAAGUCAGAUUGUGUUUGGGUUUGGUUUCAAGCACUGUGCCAUAUGAGGACAGAAUGUCGUGGGUCCAUACGUGUUGGAGAUGGAACAGUUUUCUUUUUGUAUUAUAGUUAAAGAAAUGAAUCGUGCAGGAUGUUAAAGGUUAUUUUUAUAGCUUCACUUUUGUGACUGAAAUGAUUUGUAAAUACUGUAAAUAAUAAUAAAAAAAGAACAGCUUCACUUCCUGA